AUGUUUCGUGUUGCUUGUACUGCAACGCAAACAAUAGUUGUAAGGGAGCAAAGCCACCGCCUCGUGUCUGAGCAGCCAGCCCCUCCUCCUGCAGCAAAUGAUGCUGAGUUUGUGGCGUCUCCUUCUGCUGCCACGAAAAUUGCUGUCAUGUCACAGACUAAGCUCUGUGGCUUUGCUGCCAGAUUAAGCAGGAGAAGCUAGACUGUGAUUAGCAAAAACUCACCAGGAAAGCAGUGUGGAGGGGUGCUAGAGAGCACCUUCAGCCUGGAAUAUUGUCCAGGUAGAAGAGGACUUUGGUCCCUAGGUUUCCUGGACAAUUGGCACUUGGGCUCAGCAUCCUCUCCAGACCUUAUUCCUUCCCGCUUCAAGCUCUAUUACUCUACUAGUGGUACCGAGAAUCCCAGUUCAGCAGUAGAAGACCUAUUUAGUAUCAUCAAUACGUUAUUAUGUUUAUUAUUUCAACAAACCCAUAUUUCUUCUUUUUUUUCCUCCCAGAGUGACCGACUACUCAUUAAAGGUGGAAGAAUUAUCAAUGAUGACCACUCCUUCUAUGCAGACCUAUACCUUGAAGAUGGACUUAUAAAGCAAAUAGGAGAGAAUCUGAUUGUUCCUGGAGGAGUCAAGACCAUAGAGGCUAAUGGGCGCAUGGUUAUUCCGGGGGGAAUAGAUGUCAACACUUACCUACAAAAGCCCUGCCAUGGGAUGACUGCUGUUGAUGACUUCUAUCAAGGCACAAAAGCAGCGCUAGCAGGGGGCACCACCAUGAUCAUUGACCACGUGCUUCCAGAACCAGGAUCGAGUUUACUGACCUCCUUUGAGAAGUGGCAUGAGGCAGCUGACACCAAAUCUUGUUGUGAUUACUCUCUCCAUGUGGACAUCAGCAGCUGGUAUGAUGGGAUUCGGGAAGAGCUGGAAAUACUGGUGCAAGACAAAGGUGUGAACUCUUUUCAAGUCUACAUGGCCUACAAAGAUCUCUACCAAAUGUCCGACAGCCAGCUUUAUGAAGCCUUUACCUUUCUAAAAAGUCUUGGGGCUGUUAUCCUGGUCCAUGCUGAAAAUGGAGACUUGAUAGCUCAGGAACAAAAGCGUAUCCUGGAGAUGGGAAUCACUGGACCUGAGGGACAUGCCCUGAGCAGGCCUGAGGAGCUUGAAGCAGAAGCAGUUUUCCGUGCCAUCACCAUUGCCAGCCGAAUAAACUGCCCAGUGUACAUCACCAAGGUGAUGAGCAAGAGUGCAGCUGAUAUCAUUGCAUUGGCCAGAAAGAAAGGUCCCCUUGUUUUUGGAGAGCCGAUCACUGCCAGCUUGGGGACAGAUGGGACACAUUACUGGAGCAAAAACUGGGCCAAGGCUGCAGCUUUCGUGACCUCACCACCUCUGAGCCCUGAUCCUACUACUCCAGAUCAUUUAAAUUCACUCUUAGCAUGUGGAGACCUGCAGGUGACGGGAAGUGGACAUUGCCCAUAUAGCACUGCCCAGAAAGCCAUUGGAAAGGACAACUUCACUAUGAUUCCUGAAGGGGUCAAUGGAAUCGAGGAGAGAAUGACUGUUGUCUGGGACAAAGCUGUAGCCACAGGCAAGAUGGACGAGAGUCAGUUUGUAGCUGUCACCAGCACCAAUGCUGCCAAAAUCUUUAAUCUGUACCCAAGAAAAGGCCGGAUUGCUGUCGGAUCGGAUGCUGAUGUUGUUAUUUGGGACCCUGAUAAGGUGAAGACUAUAACAGCUAAAAGCCAUAAAUCGGCUGUUGAGUACAACAUCUUUGAAGGAAUGGAGUGCCAUGGUGCCCCUCUUGUGGUCAUAAGCCAAGGGAAGAUUGUGUAUGAAGAUGGAAAUCUGCACGUAAAUAAGGGAAUGGGCCGCUUCAUCCCUCGCAAACCUUUCCCUGAGUAUCUUUACCAGCGCAUCAAAAUCAGGAAUAAGGUGGGAGGACUGCAAGGAGUCUCCAGAGGAAUGUAUGAUGGGCCUGUGUAUGAAAUCCCAGCUACGCCAAAAUAUGCAACUCCUGCACCUUCAACUAAAUGCUCCCCUGCCAAAAACCAGCCCCCACCAAUCAGAAACCUCCAUCAAUCCAAUUUUAGCUUAUCAGGAGCUCAGGUAGAUGACAACAACCCACGCCGCACUGGCCACCGCAUCGUGGCACCUCCUGGUGGUCGCUCUAAUAUUACCAGUCUUGGCUGAAAAAUGAUGGACAGAAACACGAGGAUGAAGGAUCAUGGGAAUAAUGUCUGUUCCCUUCAAUAUCUGUGUUAUCAAACCCACAGUUUUAUUUGGUACUAAUGGAAAUAAAAAUUGAAAUGUCGUUCUUUUUUUUUUUUUUUUUUUUUUUUUUGUAUAGGAAGAGGUGAAAAUAGUGUGGUGUGUUUGCUUGGAACUACUUGCCUCACAAUUGUGCUUUCAUGCCAUAGUCACCUUAAAGCAUGGUGCUUCCAUUGCUCCUUUAGUGACUACAGGUUUUAGCUUCGUCUCGUAACUGAAUGAUGGUUUCUUUGCACCCUUUCGCUGUAUUAGAGUAGUUAAUGCAUGUUACUGAGUUAUUUAUGCAAGUUGCAUUCUGUGAGUGAGUCCCUUUAGAACACGUUGCCAAUAAUUGACUAGACACAAUGCCAAGACUAAUGUCCGUAUUUGAGAAACGUCACCAAAAACACUUCUGAAGGAAGAAAAUGGCCAUCUUGAAAGUAUGCAGUAGAGUAGUGUAGGCAGCUUCUGUUUCAUCUUUAAUUUAUUAUAAAUCCAAGAAGCACUUCUCAGACACAGAACAUCAUCGGGACACGUAAUGACAAAUGGUCUCUGUAGCACUUGUCUGUUCCCACUCGGUACGUUCCAAGUCUGUGUCCUUCUUGUCUCCAUUUUAGACAGAGCCAUGAUUUACACACACCAAUGCCAUUGCCACCCCUGCAGGGAUAUCUCCACCUGGGCAGUAGUGCUCUCCUUCUGCAUGAGAUUUUUGGUACUUACAGAUAAUCCAAGUUGCCGUCGGAUUUUUAAAGUUUUUUGUACAAAGUUUUUCCUUUGUAAUCACAUGCAUUUUUACUUACUCUACCGUAUCAAGAUCUACUAGUCGUGGUUCAAUUUCUGAAUUCAAAGCUUGUGAAAUAAAGGAAAUGAAUUGAU